CGACGUCCAGUAUGGCUACUACGCGCAGCAAGACUGCGUCGGGGCCGUCAACGUUGCUUCCCGCGUUCAUUAUUGCCAUUGUUCUGGCAACUGCGACAUCGUACACCACUCUGAGGCAUCUCGGCUACCCCGCCAUCUAUUCGUGCUCAUUGAAGACUUUCAGGUGUGUCGGAGACGGAAACCCGGUGCAAAGGACGUGGCUCUGUGACGGCAUUUGGGACUGCAGGGACGGUUCGGACGAGACGGACUGCCACUCGAACAGGACCUGUCUAGAGAGUGAAUUCCGCUGCGAACGAGACGGGAGAUGCAUUCCGGUCGCCUGGCGCUGCGACGGGUUUCGGGACUGCGCGGACGGAUCGGACGAAUCCGACGAGAUGUGCUAUGAAGGCGCGACUUGCAAGGAGGACGAGAUUCGCUGCGGCCCCUUUAAUUUGGGAAGUAGCGCCUGUCACGCGACACCGAGGUGCGGCGGCAAAUUCGACUGCCGGCAACAACCGGUCAAGUUCGCGGUAUACCGGUUUAUUUCGACUUCGUGUCCGCCCGGGCAGUUCGCUUGUCCAACAACAACCGAGGGCCCGAACGCGUGUUUGCCGAAGGCCUUUCUAUGCGACGGCCAAGCGCAAUGCAUCGACGGGUACGACGAAGUCGACUGCGAAAAGCCCACCUGCGAGGACGGAGAGUUUCGCUGCCUCACGGGAGGGCGUUGCGUUCCCAAGCGGUACAUGUGCGACGGCAAGCGUGACUGCCGAGACGGAUCGGAUGAGACCUGGAAGUUAUGCUUCCUCCACAAGUACUGCCCUCGGGGCCAGCUGCCCUGCUUAUUCCACAACGACAGCGCUACCUGCCUAGACGAAGCCGCAACGUGCGACGAACACUCGGGGUGCGAGAGGACCAUUAUCUGCGGCGAGCUCGCGUUCCAGUGCCGCGGAAGCUUCUUCCGCUGCGCCCACGGCUUGUGCAUACCGAAACGCUGGAGGUGCGACAAUGAGCGCCACUGCUUGGACGGUAGCGACGAGAAGGACUGCGCCACCAGCGACGGCGAAGGACGUCUGGAGAAUUGCGCCGUCAGUGAGUUUGCCUGCUCCUCGGGCACCGCUUGUAUCCCGCUCAGUAUGCGUUGCAACAGCCGACCGGACUGUCCCGAUGAGUCCGACGAACGAGGUUGCCCUUCGGAGAUGUCCAACAUCGUGCGGCCCCACCUACGUUGAGGCACCUCAAAGCUGGUGCCCCUUCGCUACGUUCGUUUUCUAUUUCGUGUGUGUGUGUGGGCCUCAGUUCCACAGGGUCUGUGAGAAAAAUACGUUAGCGGAGUUCAGCGUACUAUCACUACGAUUUCGUCCACCUGAAGAAAACAGUCGACCAGUUUCAAAUCUCCGGUGAUGAACACGUUCGCUGUGCUUUAUUUCGGUUUUCGGCUGUCCUGAAACGCGCAGCGCAUAUC